ACGCCAUGCCGACGCCGACACCGGAUACAAGAUACAAUUCAUUUGUGUGCAUUUGUGAGAGUCGUGUGUUGUGGAAAGCUUGCGGAAAAAUAUCAUUUUCGUAUGUUUGUUGUAAGAACGACAAGUAUUCAAUAUUCGACAGUUGAUGUACUAUGAACCGACUGGAUGAUUCGUCGGGGCUCAUGAAAGGCAGAAAACCCUCUUUCAUUGGAAUGAACGGGGCUCCGGAGACAGAUGAUCAACAGCGAUUACGGUUUCAGGUUGAAUUAGAAUUUGUGCAAUGCCUCGCCAAUCCAAAUUAUUUGAAUUUUUUGGCACAGCGUGGCUACUUCAAAGACACGACGUUUAUUAAUUAUCUCAAGUACCUGUUAUACUGGAAAGAACCGGAAUAUGCUAAGUAUUUGAAGUACCCUAUGUGCUUAUAUUUCCUGGAUUUAUUGCAGUAUGAGCACUUUAGACGAGAAGUUGUCAAUUCUCAAUGUACAAAGUUUAUCGAUGAUCAGCAGAUUCUACUGUGGCAACAUUAUACCAGACGUCGAACAAGACUUCUGCAAACAGCUGCCGAGCAAACGCAACACACCAAUUCUCAGAACAAUGGCAUCGCUCAACCCAAGGUUCCCUAAAGUUUUAUUAUUUAUCUUGUAUGUCUGAAGACAGAGCCCACGUCAUCUUAUUUCCAAUAUGACAGUUUUUUUAGAGGAACCGAUUCAUUUGCUUACCUGUGAUAGCUCACAAAUUCUCCACAUUUUCACAUUAAAUCGUAUUUCUUUCUCGUAUAUAUACGAAUAAACUAUUUAUUAAGAAUGUCA